AUGAAUUUCAGCAUGGCAGAAGGUCAAGAGCUCGUCAACAAAGUUGCCGUGUACCUGGUGGGCUAUAUGGAGCAGUAUGACGGUUCCCACGACUUCAACCACCUCCUGCGAGUCCUGGGAUUGUCUCACACUAUAUACGAUCAACUCCAGACAUCCUCAGCAUCCACACCACCCUCCACCCCGCAACCCGCUCUCGACCUGACCGUCAUCACCCUCUCGGCACUCCUCCACGAUGUAGGAGACAAGAAGUACUUGAAGGAAGGAGAUGAUGCCAAGACCAUGGUACGCGAUCUGCUUCUUGACUUUGGCGCGGGAGAGUCACUUGCACAGAAGAUCCAGGCAAUCUGCACCGGUGUUUCAUUCACCUCUGAAAUGAAGGACGUGGAUCAUGUGAAGAGGCUUAUCAAAGAGCAUCCGGAAUUGGCGGUGGUACAGGACGCCGAUCGGUUGGAUGCCUUGGGUGCCGUGGGAGUGGGCAGGGUUUUUACUUAUGAAGGUGCCCAAUUGAAAAGAGAGAUGGAGAGGUCUAUCGAGCAAUUUGAGAACAAGCUCUUCGCGAGGGAGGGGAUGAUGAAGACGGAACCGGGGAAGAAGAUGGCCAAGCAGAGGAUGGAGAUCUUGAGGACCUUUAAAGGAUGGUGGGAUGAUGAGGUGAAGGUCGCUGUCGUUGGAGCAUCGGUUUUGAGCUCAGCUGCGAAGCCUGAGGAGGAGCAUAUUUAG